GAUAUUGUUACCAGUUUUCGCUUAGAACGUUGCAAUUGAAAUAUUUGUUGUACUUUAGCCGACUAUGGAAGACCAAACUAUAGAAGAAUUCCGCGCAAAUCUCCGAUCAGCAAACUCAUUAAUUAUGAAUAAAGAGUUUCGAGAAUCCUUAGACAUUUGCUUACAAUGCUUAGACGUUCUUAAGACUAAAAUAGAUUCCGAAGAGAAUAAGCAACUAAUAAAAGAAUUUUGUAUAUUGGCAAUACAAUGUUACGCUGAACUAAACGAAUGGAGAGAAGCUUUUCCACUAGUAACAAAAAUUUAUAAUGGUAUUGAAGACUGUCCUAGUUUGAUUACCUUAACAUGCUUAAAAUUACAUUAUAAAAUCAAAGACUACGCAACUUGUAAUGCCAUUGCCCAUAUAUGGUUACAUAAUAAGUCAAAUUUUUCGUCUGAACAUUAUCUUGGAGUACUUGACAAUUAUAUUGUUAAUGUAUUGGCACCUCAGAAAAAAUUCAACGAUAUUAUUAAACUGUCUGAGAGCUGUGGUCUAGAUAAUGAUCUCAAGACGAAAUAUGUAAUGAAAGCUAAAGAAUUGGAAACUGCCGAUAUCGAUUCUAAGAAUAAGGAAAAGCUGCAAGAACUAGAAGAAACUAUCGAAAAAAAGAAAGGCUUUUACGAUAUUUUAUCUCGUUAUAUAAAAUUACGAUAUCAAGUUUUAAUCGCUUUCGUAUUUUGUCUUGUUUAUAUGAUUAGACGAAAUAAAGAUACCAUAUUGAUAUAUUCUUUGCAAACAUUUGGUACAACAAUUCUUCCUUUAUGGAGAAGAUUCUUUGGGCCAUAUAGGAAGAGCUCAUAG